AUCUGCUUAAGAUUUUUGUUAAGAAAAAUAUAGCGUUAAUUAGGAUCUUCCAUUGCUCAGAGUAGUAAAAAAGUAACUACCGUACUGCAAGCACAAAGAAGCAGCAGCAUGGAUUCUGCAUUUCAACGACCAUGAGGAACAACAGCCAUAACAACGAAGAAGAUCAGCGCAGGAAAGAGAGCACUAUCGCCGGCUUAGAUUCGAGAUUCAACCAGACCCUCAGAAAUGUUCGAGGGUUGCUCAAAGGCCGAAGUAUUCCUGGUAAAAUUUUACUGACUAGACGAUCAGAUCCAAGCUUACAAGAACCUUCUACUGAGUAUGAAAGGAGCUCCUCAUUCAAGGAUGCUAGUUCAAGUGAUCGCAUGGCCAAGGCAGUAGAGGAAGAAGUCCAGAGUACAAGCAAUCCAAAUAAGAACAUAAAUGUCAAUCAGUUGAAAACAUCAACUUCAAAUACUAAUACUGAAAAUACAUCCAAAGAAGUUCAGAAAUCUGCUAUGGGUGCUAGAGCUACAGAUUCUGCAAGGGUUAUGAAAUUCACCAAGGUGCUCUCUGGGACAACAGUCAUAUUAGAGAAUUUGCGUGAGUUAGCUUGGAGUGGAGUACCAGAUUAUAUGCGACCUGAUAUCUGGAGGCUUCUCUUGGGAUAUGCACCACCUAAUUCAGAUAGAAGGGAGGGAGUUCUAAGAAGAAAGCGCCUCGAGUAUCUCGACUGUGUUUCUCAGUGUUAUGACAUUCCAGAUGGUGACAGAUCAGACGAUGAGAUCAACAUGCUUCGCCAGAUUGCUGUUGAUUGUCCACGAACCGUGCCUGAUGUCUCUUUCUUCCAGGAACCGCAAGUUCAGAAAUCCUUGGAGCGCAUCCUUUAUACAUGGGCCAUUCGGCAUCCUGCAAGUGGAUAUGUUCAGGGAAUAAAUGAUUUAGCUACACCCUUUCUAGUUGUUUUCCUGUCAGAAUACUUGGAAGGGGGCAUGGAUGGCUGGUCAAUCUCUAAUUUAUCUCCUGAAAAAGUCUCUAACAUGGAGGCCGAUUGCUAUUGGUGUCUGUCAAAAUUGCUUGAUGGGAUGCAAGACCAUUACACAUUUGCUCAACCAGGAAUCCAAAGGCUGUUGUUUAAACUGAAGGAAUUGGUUAGGCGGAUUGAUGAACCUGUUUCAAGACACCUGGAGGAGCAAGGUCUGGAAUUUCUUCAAUUUGCUUUCCGCUGGUUCAACUGUCUUCUAAUACGUGAGAUACCUUUCCAUCUUGUCACUCGCCUUUGGGACACGUAUCUUGCGGAAGGAAAUGCAUUGCCAGAUUUCCUUGUGUACAUAUUUGCCAGUUUUCUUUUAACGUGGUCAGAUAAGCUUCAGCAGCUUGAUUUCCAAGAAUUAGUGAUGUUCCUUCAACACCUUCCAACACAAAACUGGACUCACCCGGAGCUUGAGAUGGUGCUUUCAAGAGCAUUCAUGUGGCACAGUAUGUUCAAUGACUCUCCCAGCCACUUAGCUAAUUAGAAAGGGAUUUCGGGUAUUCGCCAGUUCAGAAUUAUAUUCUUUUCUUACUUCAGUAAGGGAAACCAGUCAAUUUGCUCAUAUUGUAUUGUGGUUUAUGAUGUCUGUAUUUUUGGGCAUUUCUUUUGUAGAUUUACUUUGAUACGAGGAGAAAAAGAAAAAGAAAAAAAAAAAUGCUUGUAUGAAUUUUUUCUAUUUCGGGAGUGUAGUUGAGAGGAAUCUGCAUCCUAUAUAUUCAUCGUUGUCUUCACAUCCUUUGAACACAAAUUCCUGAUAAAUGGUGAACUCCCAGCAAGCUGUAUCUACAGAAUGGGUAUAUUUUGUUCUUGAUUA